GGCUAAGGCACAGAACCAUAAGGAACUCCGACAACAGCACAUCAUCAGCACCCGCACUGAAAAAGUGAAACUGAAAGUGAAUCUUCAACUAAAUCUUAAACAAGUGAUAAGCCACAAUAUGAACUGCACACUCAUCAUCAACGUGAUCCUGCUCACCAUCUUCCUGAGUUCGCAACUCAGCGAAUCGGCUCCAAUCGACGGCAGCAAUCCUUACCAGGCCAUCAGCUCACCCAUCGAUAUCAGUGGUCAGCCUGUGCGAGAGAAACGCUCACCCAACGACUACUUCAUCUGUUAUCCCAGCAGCGUUGUCUUUGGAUAUUACAACAACAAGGCAAAUGCUUUGGAAACGCAUCGUCGGUCGGAUGACUUUAGUCGCCCUGCUGCCCCCUUCGAUUCCUAUCAAGCUGCAAUAGAUCGCGCCGACAGAGAACGCGCCGCCUACAAGGACAGCUUUGGCAAAUAGUUGAACACGGAUUUUACAGUACUUAUUAUAAGAACAUAAGCUUAAGUCUAGCUGUACAUGAAACAAAGACUUGAAAUAUUUAUUUGUUGAACAUAUUUAUUAAACUGAUUUUAAAAAACAAAAUUAAA